CCGCUUUGUCGAAUCUGUAUUCGCAUAUCCAAACGACCUCCAAAUUCGCCCACCUUCGUCCUCAAACUUCUGUUCCCUUGAACUGCUUCUUCAAUCUCCCUUUCACUGAGCGGGGGGAUGGAGAAGAAGAACACCGAGGAGCUCACCGUCAAAUCCAUGGCGUCCAAUUCGCAACCUAGCAAAAGCAAAGCCUCCGAUAGCAGAGAAGAAGGAGAAGUAUCUUCCUCCGAUAACGAUACACAAACACACGACGUACAUCCUGUUUGUUCUACUGUGCCUGCUUCGGUCACAUCACCUAUAUCAUCCAUUCUUCCUCCUAAGAAUAAAUAUAACCCAGGGAUCCAGGCUGUUUCUGCUGAUGUUUGCACAAGAACAUCCAUACAAACUAUUUCUCAGAAGAUAUGUGAUAAUGCUCAAGUUGUAAAUAAGGUUAGUACUCCUUGGGGUGCUUCCAGGGAGGCCAAUUCGAAUCUUGUGAUUAGCUUCUCAGAUGACAGUGGCAGUGAAUUGGAGGAAUGUAGUAAAGUGAGAACUUCAAAAUCUCAUAGUGAUGCUGUCAGGCACUAUAAACCUCCAACUUCAAUAAUUGAUAGAUCAAACAAGUUACGGAGUAUGACAAGGAACAAAGUAGUGGCAAACAAACUGUCUUUGAGUCAACCAUUUAUUCCUUCAAUGACCAAGAAUCACAGAGCAUAUUCCAAGGGUGCUGCUGGGCCCUCAUUGGCUGAGCAAGGAUCUAAAAUCAGAGCUUUCAGUGGAAACCUACAGAGCCAAGGGCGUGGAAAUGAUCAAGGAAAGAACUUAAACACUAGUAAGCUUCAGGAUUUGCGGGAGCAGAUAGCCAUUUGCGAAAGCAAAUUGAAGUUCAAGUCUGCCCAACAGAACAAGGAGAGCAUUUCAGUUACAAACCAGGAUUAUAUUGUCACGAAUUCAAAAUCUGAUUUGGCUAGGAAAGGGAGUGCGACUAUACCUCAGUUUCCUCCACUAGUGCCUAAGGAACCAGAUGUAAAGCGCCUGAAAACCAGUGGGUCUUACUCUACCAAGCUGAGUUUGAGUGGGCAACAACAUCUUCGUACAAUGUAUGCUGGGAAAUCUGUUUUCCGGCCUCAGGAGCCUGGAGAAGAGACACAGAACAUUAAGGUCACUUAUAACCAGAAGGGGAUUUCUUUGGGUAGAGAAGAGUCCAGUGUGUUGAAGCAGAGUAAGGAAGAUAUCAAGCAUGUGGCUGCUUCACCCUCACCUGGAAUUGACCUUGGCAAAGUACAGGAUGAUAACGACAUUGUUGCUAAUGGCAAUCAGUUAGACUGGAUUAGUAAGCAGGUGGAUCCUCACCCUCUUGUUGUCUUAGAUCUAGCUACGGUUCUCCCAAAUAUGACAUCCAAUGUCCAAACUCAGUUUGAUAAUGUUGAGUUUCACCGUCAAAGUGAUGGCCUUCAACCAUCUGCUUCAGCUGCAAAACAUUUUGAAGGAACACUUCCUCAAUCAGCAUCCAAUGUCAAGAUACCAGAGCCAUGCAGUAAUUUCUUUAAGUCAUUGAUCAACAGUAAAAGUUCCGGGACUGCUUUUGGUAAUUCUCCAAGUUGCCUGGGCUUCAGCAAUUUUGAUCUCCAAUCAUUAUUUGAAAUGGAGGAGUCUCUAGACAAGGAUCUGGAAGAAGCCCAAGACAUUAGGCGCCAAUGUGAAAUUGAAGAAAGAAAUGCUUUCAAAAUUUAUUCUAGGGCUCAAAGGGCAUUGAUAGAGGCUAAUUCUAGAUGUCUUGAUCUUUAUCAUAAGAGAGAAUUAUUUUCAGCUCAUUUUCACUCUUUUUGCAUGAAUAAUCCUGGUUUAAUUAGUUCCUCAAGACAGCAAGAAGAUAUGAAAAUUGGUGCGGAUCACUUAAAUAGUAUGUCUGGAAAUGCAAAUGGAGCUUCUCCUUUGUAUCAGAAGCAUUCUGAAUAUAAUAGUUCUACUCAGCUACAUACUGAUCUAAAUAUGCAACAUGAAAAUGCUGGUCCCAUCAAUUCUUCAAACCUGCAUGAGAAUGGACAAAAUUUGGGGUCUGAACCUGAAUUAUGCUCUGACUUAGGUGGUAAUAAAUUGGAUCCAUUGCCUUCCAAGGGCAAUAAUAUUGCAGAUAGAAUUUGCUCUCCAUCCGUUGAUCCGAACGUUUCAGUGGAUGGAGAUGAAGAGUCAUUGCCAUCUGACCAUGAAAUGAUUGAUUCCUAUGAUGAAUGCUACAUGGGAAAGAAACAGUUUGAAGAUGAUCAAAUGGAGACAUAUAAUAUAUCAAAGAAAAACCAGUGUGACAAUAAUAUUGAGGAUUCUUUGCGUCUUGAAGCAAAAUUAAGGUCUGAACUAUUUGCACGUCUAGGAAUAAGAAAUUUGUCAAAGACUUGUAAUCCAUGCCAUAACAUUCAAACUCCAGUCGAACAGGGGACUAAGAGUGAUGCCAGAGAUGAUAGAACUCAGCAAAAUAAUACAGAACCUACAGUAGGGCUAGCAGUUGGAAGUGACGCCGACCUAACAAGUAAGAAGACUGAGAGCACUUUACUAUCAGGAAAGGGAGAUCAACAGUUUGGUUUUGGAGGUGACGUUGGAUGGGACUCCCUCUGCCUCCAACCCGUAGGCCCAAACAGAUGCAAUACCCCAGAUGACAUCCAUGGUCGUUAUCAUUUUGAGAACUUGCCAUCAGAGACUCAGGAUUCUGCGGACUCUGAUGACAAUGAACCAUUCAAUAGAGAAGGAUCUUGCUCCAAAACUACUUUUAGUUUCACACCUUUGACUAUGAACAGUGUUUUGCAACAUAUAAAGGCCAUACCCUCAGUUAGUAUAGAAGUCUUGCUCGCUAGAACUCGAGGGAGCCUCUCUAAUCUUGGUUUCCCUGAAGACGGUGAUUCUUUGGAAGUGGAUCAAAUCCACUGGAGAAAAUUAAAAGAGAACUCUGUCCAUGAGACUGUUAGACCUAUGUUUCAGAGUGAUGGCUCAUAUAUUGAUGAUCUAGCAAUUGAUCCAUUGUGGCCACUUUGCAUGUAUGAACUCCGUGGAAAAUGCAACAAUGAUGAAUGCCCUUGGCAACAUGUGAAGGACUACUCUUUAGCCAAUAGAAGGCAGUGUCAGCAUGACCACAUCAACUAUUCUGAUUCUUGCAAUGGACUAUCAUUUUCUUCAGAUGAAACAAAAAUAUUCAAGUAUGAAGAUUGUAUGACACCUCCAACUUACCUGGUUGGCAUAGAUAUUCUAAAAGCUGAUUCACAUUCAUAUGACCCUGUUUUAGCUCAGAAAAGUAGUCAAUGCUGGCAAAACUUUUUUAGUAUUUCUUUGACGUUACCAAAUUUGCUCCAAAAGGAUGCUUCUGCUGAUGGGCUAUUUUUACAUGAUGCUCGUAUAGAGGCCAAGGGAAGUUGGAAUAGACCAUCAUCAUACUUUCAGAGGGGAAGCUCCAUAUUGAGUCAGCUGAAACAGGGUGAUGAGGACCUAGCUCUGGAAACGGCUCUUAUUAUUAUUAACCAGGAAACGAACAGUCGAGAGGGCAUGAAAAAGGCUCUUCCUGUACUGUCACGUGCUGUGGAAAAUAAUCCAAAAUCUGUAGCUCUCUGGACCAUUUACCUUCUAAUAUUCUAUAGCUAUACUACAACCGGAGGGAAGGAUGACAUGUUCUCUUAUGCGGUCAAGCACAAUGGGCAAUCUUAUGAACUAUGGCUUAUGUACAUUAACAGCCGCAUGAAUCUCGAUGCUCGAUUGGCUGCAUAUGAUGCUGCACUUUCUGCACUCUGCGACAAUAUAGUUACUCCUAACUUGGAUGGGAAAUAUGCUAGCACCCAUAUUUUGGACCUGAUUUUGCAGAUGACAAAUUGUUUGUGUAUGUCCGGGAAUGUCGAGAAGGCUAUUCAGAGGAUUCUUGGGCUUCUUCGAGUUGCUAUGGAUUCUGAUGAGCCUUAUUCUUUUACGCAUUCUGAUAUGCUCACAUGCUUAAAUAUAUCUGACAAAUGUAUUUUCUGGGUUUGUGUUGUGUAUUUAGUUAUUUACAGGAAACUGCCUCAUGCUGUAGUGCAGCAGCUUGAAUGUGAGAAAGAACUGAUCGAGAUUGAAUGGCCUGCCAUUCAAUUAACCGAUGGCGAGAAGCUGAGGGCUUCUAGGGUGGUCAAGAAAGCGGUAGAUUUUGUCGAUUCUUGCCCAAACAAUGAAUCGCCUGAUAGUAAAUGCUACCAAAAAUCUAUUCAAAUGUUUGCUGUCAAUCAUAUAAGGUGCUUGAUGGCAUUUGAGGACAUAGGAUUCAGUAGGAACUUGUUGGAUAAAUAUGUUAAACUUUAUCCAUCUUGCCUAGAACUUAUUUUACUUAAAGUUCGGGCAAAGAAACGUGAUUUUGGGGAUGAAACUGUUGUGGCAUUUGAACAAGCGAUCGGGAACUGGCCGAAAGAAGUACCUGGGAUCCAAUGCAUCUGGAAUCAAUAUGCUGAAUAUUUACUUCAGAAUGGGAGAAUCAAAUGUACUGAAGAACUAAUGGUGCGCUGGUUUGAGUCUACUCCAAAAAUGGACUGUUCUAAAACUAGAACAUUGGAUAAUGGUGACUGUGACUGCUUGAACCUGCUAGAUUAUGCUUCAGGAUCAAUUGUACAUGCAAUGGAUUGCAGUCCCAACGAGGUGGAUGUCGUGUUUUGGUAUCUUAAUCUUUCUGUUCACAAGCUACUGCUGAAUGACCAAUUAGAAGCACGUUUGGCCUUCGACAAUGCUCUGAGGGCUGCUAGUUCUGGGACUUUUAGAUAUUGCAUGAGAGAGUAUGCUAUGUUUCUGCUUACUGAUGAGUCCUUGCUGAAUGAAGCUGCUUCUGUUGGUGGAAUAAGGAACAUUUUAGAGGGUUAUCUUAACGAUGCCCGAGCUUUCCCCAUCCCUGAGCCAUUAUCCAGAAAAUUCAUCAAUGAUAUCAAGAAGCCAAGAGUUCGACUUCUCAUCAGUAACAUGCUGUCUCCACUUUCUCCGGAUGUUUCUCUAGUGAACUGUAUUCUUGAAGUUUGGUAUGGGCCAUCUCUUCUACCCCAAAAAUUUAACAAACCAAAGGAAUUGGUGGAUUUCGUGGAAACUAUCUUAGAGAUGUUGCCUUCUAAUUAUCAGUUGGUACUUUCUGUCUGUAAGCAAUUAUGCAAUGGCGACGACUCUUCCCAAGCUGCCUCGGCCAGCCUUAUUUUCUGGGCCUGCUCAAAUUUGAUCAGUGCAAUUUUUAGUUCUGUCCCAAUACCCCCCGAGUCCGUUUGGGUAGAAGCUGCUAAUAUUCUGAUCAAUGUUAAAGGUUUUGAAGCCAUAAUUGAGAGGUUUCACAAGAGAGCUUUAUCCGUUUACCCGUUCUCUGUUCAGCUGUGGACAUCAUACUACAACAUGUGUAAAACUAGAGGAGAUACGAGUGCUGUUCUGCGAGAAGUAAACGAAAGGGGAAUUGAACUUAAUGAGCCUUCUUCAUGAUAGAAUUAUACCUUUGGUAGGAUCAGUAAAAUUACAGGAAAACUAGGAUCAGUUUUUAGUUAUGGGAGAAGCCUCAGUGUACAGAUAGUUUACAUCAUACCGUAUUAUCGUGCUAGGCACGGUAGUUUCACCAGUUUUGUUAAGUGGUAGAGAGCUAAUUGCGGCUAGGAAUUAGAUAAAUACUUGCACAGAGAAAAGUUUGGUGGGAAAAGGUUUUUUCUUGUCUGUAAAGUCAUGGAGACCUUAUUGGAACUGGAUUUGUUGAGAGCAUCAUCAGGUUUCUCAACCAGUUACUCGCUGACCAUUGUUCGUUCGGCUGUCUCGUAAAGGUGUAUUGUCGAACGUCAGGUUUUCCCCAUCUUUUUUGGUAGCUCACAUUUUACUUUUGUUCUUCAUCCUUCCUCGCUUGCUAGGAUUAAUUUCUUUGAUUGACCUUUACCCUUUUAAUUGUAAGUACUAACCAUUUUUAGGUUUAAAUUUGAUAUGGUUUAAUUGAAAUGCAAUAGUCAGAUGCUCAUCGAUGAAGGUUUCAUUUUGGUUUUCCUAC